AUGUUAAAUAAAGCUCUAAGAUCUCGAGAUAUUGAUACAUUAAUUCUGUUUCAAUUUAUUAUUACUGAUUUGUAUGAACAAUUGAAAGAUUUACAUUACAACCAUAGAAUAAGCACAAGUGCACCAAUUCUUUGUGUUUAUCGUGGUCAACUACUAUCAAAAGUUGAACUGAAUGACAUGAAAUCAAGUAUUGGACGAUAUGUAUCAUUCUUCAGUUUCCUUUCAACGACGAAGGUUCGUGAAGUAGCACUUUCAUUUAUUACGAUUGCUGCGGAUGCUAGUAAAAAUAUGCCUGCUGCUAAAAAUGAUUUACAACGAGUUUUAUAUGAAAUCAAUAUUGAUCUAACAAGUGUAACUUCAAAACCUUAUGCUGAUAUUAAACCGCACAGUUAUUUUCAAACAGAAUCUGAAGUUCUAUUUACACUAGGUUCGAUCUUCAAAGUUGAAGGUAUUACAAGGACGAAAGAUGGCAUUUAUGUGAUAAAACUCGUACUGGCAAGUGAAAGUAAAUCAAAAUCGAAAGAAUUAUUACACUAUAUAAAAAGUAAUUUAGAGGAAAAACCAGAUAUCAUCUCGCUAGGUCAUGUACUGAAAGAAAUGGGUGCAUAUGAUAAAGCUGAGCAAUGUUUUGAACGACAACUAUGUGAACUAAAAGAUCAUAGUUCAUUUGAAGCUGCGCGCUGUUACAUAGGACUUGGAAAUUUGGCCUAUGUACAGGGUGAUAACGAUUUAGCCUUUGACUAUUCCCAAGAAGCAUUGAAAAUAAAUGAGUCAUUGUUCUUCGAUGAUGAAAAUUUAUCUGUUUGUUACAAUAAUAUGGCUAAUGCAUAUUCGUCGUCUAAAGAUGAUUAUCAAAAAGCCUUAAAAUAUCAUAAUAAAUCAUUAGCAUUAAAAACAAAAACAAAUGGUGGUGAUAGUCUGGAAGUUGCUAGAUCCUUCUUUAAUAUUGGUUUAACAAAUUAUCAUCAAGGAAAAUAUGAAAUUGCACUUAAGAAAUUUAAUCGAUCAUUAA